CAUAUGGCUAAACUUACCAGGUGCUUUUGCAAUGCACAUCAUCCAUAGAAACCAUUCAACAAACCUUCCAGAAAGUCCUUACAGUGCCACCUCCUCUGCGGUUAAGGAUCCUAGCCAUCUCCCAAUGGGUCACCAUAUCUGCUUCUCUGUCUCCAACUUCGACUCUUUCCUUCACUCUCUCAAGGAGAAGGGGAUAGAAACUUUUCAGAAGACUCUUCCUGAUGGAAAAGUCAAGCAAGUUUUCUUCUUUGAUCCAGAUGGAAACGGAUUAGAGGUAGCAAGUCGAUCUUGAGCCUUGAACCUGAAAUAUGCAUGUGGUGGUAUCACUUAAAUAAAAGUAUGAAUAAUCAGUUUGUUUGGAACCGGAUAAUUAACGCUGCAUAUGUAAACUCUCACUCAUGCCUAGGUUUUUUUUGUGAAUGAAAAAUAUGUGCCUUUUUAUGUCUA